AUGUCUUGGCUUGAUACGCAGCCACCAAAAUCUGUGAUAUAUGUUAGUUUUGGAAGUGUCGCGGGGUUGACAAAGGACGAGCUGUUAGAAUUUUGGUAUGGUCUAGUGAAUAGUGAGCAAAAGUUCUUGUGGGUGAUGAGGCCAGACUUGAUAAUAGGACAAGAGAGAAAGGAUGAAAUUUCUGUGGAGUCGGAGCAAGGUACAAAGGCAAGGGGCUACAUGGCUGAUUGGGUUCCACAAGAAAGGGUGUUGGCACAUAGAGCAAUUGGGGGUUUCUUAACUCACUCUGGGUGGAAUUCCACAUUGGAGAGUAUAGUUGAAGGAGUGCCCAUGAUUUGCUGGCCGAGAUUUGCUGAUCAGCAAGUGAAUAGUAGAUUCGUUGGAGAGGUUUGGAAGAUGGGACUUGACAUAAAAGACACAUGUGAUAGAGAUAUCAUUGCAAAAUCAAUUAGAGAUUUGAUGGAGAAGAGAAAUGGUGAAUUCUCUCAAAGAACAGAGCACAUGGCCAGUUUGGCAAAAAAAGCUGUCAACGAAGGUGGAUCGUCAUACAUUAAUCUGGACCGUCUUAUACAGGACAUAAGAACUAUGAUUCCGCCGCAUAAACAGACCUGA